AUGAGUGUCGCAUUCGAGCCUCGGAGUUUCAUACAUGAUGGGGGAUACCCUCCCAUCGGUGACGACCACGACCAUGAUCACACUGCCGAUCAACGAUUUACAGACAACGAUGUCGCCGAGCAGCUCAGCCAAUACACAACCGAGGCGUCAAUGCUUCCAGACUCCACAGGCGUUCUCGGAGACGACCGAGGGAUGAUGCCAGACGAUGCUGCUGCUGUACACGAUGCGACUCAACUUGACUUGGGGCACCCCACAUUCCCCUCCCCCAUCGAGGUUACUAUCCACGACGGUCUUCCUGAAGACAAAGACCUUUCGCCCAGUAUCGACUCGCCUCCUCCCCCUCGUGUGAGACCUAUCGCCAAGCCGGAGAGAGAAGCUGUCAAGGGUGCAGAUGGCAAGUUUCAUUGUACGCAGGAAGAUUGCCAAGAAGAGAUUAGAUUGUUUUCGCGGAAGUGCGAAUGGAACAAGCACAUGGACAAGCACGAACGACCCUACCGAUGCCCCGCCGUAGGAUGUGAGAACCUCCCUGGUUUCACCUAUUCGGGUGGUCUACUCCGACACGAGCGCGAGGUUCACAACAAACACGGAGGGCCGAAGAAGACAGUCAACUGUCCUCAUCCGAAUUGCAAGCGACACACAGGGAAGGGGUUUUCAAGAAUGGAAAACUUGAACGAGCAUCUUCGACGUGUUCACACCAACCCCGACGGAGCUGGAACUACUCCUCCUCCCGAUAUGGUCUUGUCCGACGAGAACGACAGCGAGCAGACAGGUGUGAAGCGCAAGCGCCGUGCAAGCGAUACAGCUACCACGGAGAUUAUCGAACUUAAAGAGGAGGUUAAGAGGCUGCGUGAAGAGAACGACAGACUCAAGGCCGAUAUGCAACAGCAGUCGCAGAACUCUUUGUCCAUGAUGGCUCAGAUCGCUGAGUUGCAGGACACUCUACGAGACAGCCUUACACACCAUGGUUUGGGAGCUCCCACCGCGCAGAUGAUUUAG